CUCCUCCUCCCCAGCGCGAUAAAGGCCUGGGCCGGGCCAGGACCUCCCGCCCCACGUUGCUGUGGCUGGACAGAUCCAGAGUGCCCCUUCGGCCCAGCCAUGAGGCUCAUCCUGUGGCUCCCCGUUUUGGUGGUGGUUCUGUUGAUGCUCUUGGAAGGCCCAGCCCCGGCCCAAGGGGCCCCAGAUAUUGCCAGCACCUUCAAGAACAUCCCGAAUUCGCUGAAGGAGUUUGGUAACACCCUGAGGGACGCCUUCAAGAGCAUUCCUGAGAAGACCGGGAAAAUGAUGACCACCAUUGUUGGCCAAUUGCAGGAGGGGCUCAAAGGUUUCAGAAAACUCCAGGACUGAAUACCAAGGGAGCUGCCUCUCUCCUCUGGGCUGUGCCCCUGGAGGAGACUCCGAAAUUUCCCAUACUCCUGCUCCCUUGCGGAUGCCCGUAUGAAUCCACCCCCACCCUCCAAUAAAAAUACCGUAGAGAA